AUGUUGGCUUGGUUUCUCAUCUUUAUUGACUCAAGUAAGAUUGGCUUCCCAAACGCGGGAAAAUCUAGUCUUCUAAACUCAAUUUCCCGCGCAAAACCACGUGUCUCCUGCAUUCCGUUCACGACUCUUAUGCCUCAAGUCGGAGUAGUUGAGUUUGAGGAUUACCGUCAAAUCACCGUGGCGGACUUACCGGGACUUGUGAAGGGAUCCUCGGUUGAUGGAGGUCUCGGAUUUGAGUCUUUGAGACACGUUGAGCGGUGUCGUUGUUUGGUGUUUGUCCUUGAUCUUUCUCUCGAUUUAUUUCGUCAGUUCCACGACUUAAAGUGUCAAUUGGAGGACUACAAAGAGGGACUGAGUCGCCUUCCUUCUUUUGUGGUCUGCAAUAAAGUCGAUUUACAAGACGCAAGUCGGAAAUUUGAUGAAUUUGUCCGCCUGGAGGACACGCAACUUACCUCUGUGGCUGUCUCUGCCAAAUUUGGGAUUGGCAUUGCAGACUUUCUGACUAAAUUACGCUCUGAACUCUUUGCUUAA